AUCACUUGGUGUCUGCUGGGCGUGCGAUCGGGAUACAGCAGAACGCGCGGCGCAAUCACCCUCACUGAUCUCAGAGCAUGAGCUCCUGGAGCCUGCUGGCACGCUACAAUAAAUCAAAGCAAAACCAGGGGGCUGUUCCUCAAAGAGACUCACAACUCUUUUUGCCACUGAAGAAAAGCAAGCUGGACAUGGCACCCCAUUCAGUUAUGCUUUCGUCUUUUGACCAUCUUCACUUCAGUGACAAGGACAAAAUGAAGCUGAGGAAGCCAAUUGUUGAAAAGAUGCGCAGAGACCGCAUCAACAGCUGCAUCAACCAGCUCAAGAGUCUCCUGGAGAAGGAGUUUCACAGCCACGACCCCAGCGCCAAACUGGAGAAGGCCGAUAUCCUGGAAAUGACCAUCAGCUUUCUCAAACAGCAGCGGCAGCAGCAGCUUCCUCAGAGGGACUAUAAUGAAGGCUACUCUCACUGCUGGAGAGAGUCUGUCCACUUCCUCACUCUUCAUUCCACCGGAGGAGGACCUGGCCGGGAGCUCCAGCAUCUCCACAACGGCCAGCAAACGAGCGCUGCUAUCGGCUCCGCUCCACCAGGACCUUCCGCUAAACUGAGCACGGCUGGUUUGCAACAGCCUGACAUCAGGAGGCCCGUCUGGAGACCCUGGUAGAGAUGCGGUGAACCGUAAACCCCGAGGGACAGUCGUAUUAACGUCUCUCAUGAAAGUAGGAGAUUCAUUUCCAAGGUGUACGUUUGUGUUGUCAUCAUAUUGAUUGACAAAAACUUAAGACAAACAUGUGUUUGUCAAUAGAAAGAGGUGGAUUUAUGUGCUUCUUGUUCUGUUUUAAUAGCUCUUAAUGUGAUUUUUACCACAUGUGAUUACUUAAAUUGUUUUUUUUUUUAUAUGUUUUGAUGUAUGCAUAUUUAAUUGAGGUUGACUCCAGUGGAGUUUUCUGUAACAGAUCAUUAAAUUGAAAUUGUUUUU